AUGUCAAGAACAAAAGAGAUAAUUACAGUACAAUCAGAUAAAGAGUUAAAGGAUAAUAUUGAAAAUAGAGAGCAAUGUAAAAGUUUAUCACUUUCAUUCGAUGAAUUGGAAGAAAUCGAACAGUAUUUGCGUAUACCGUUGAAGGAUAGACAACACAAAAUCAAGUUGGAUAUAUUGAUUAGGGAAUAUGAAAUAGUACUCAAUACUGCAUCUCCAGAAAUCAGUGCAAUUUUACCCGGUAGUUUUCUGGGUGGACAAUUGAAAUUGUCUCGUCAAUCAACUAGAGGGAGAAGAAUAAGAUCCGGUGCUUUCGAUAAUGUCAAAUAUUUGGUAUAUCAUAAAAACAAUAUCGAUAAUCUUCUUAUGAAUCUUCAUAUGUUGUUGCCGAACCAUCCUCAUUGUAAUCAAACCAUAAUGAAAGAGUUCCUUACUAGUCACGAAAUCCUGUUGUCUAGUGGGAAUUCAGAGACAAUCGAUAGUUUCAGAUGUGAUGAGUGUGAAAAGUGUCUUAAACCUCCAAAGGAAGAACAAAAUCUCUCCUCGACAGCUAGAAUCAAACAUUUCAGCAAGAAUCAAAAAGUAUUUCGCCGACCAGAUCAAUUUCAAUGUUUACAGAAUCAAGUUACUGAAGUGCACAACAUGGUAAAGGAUCUUUCGCCAAACAUCAUUUCAGAAGGAUAUCCAGUAAAACCAGAAGAAGAAGAAAAAGAAGAAGAAGUAGAAGAACCAAUCUCACGACAUGACCAUAUUUCUACUUUGAAUAUCAUGACUGAAAUCAAUGUGACCGAUAGAGACAUCAACAGAAUCAGUUCUGGCAAAAGUUUAAAAGGAAAUUCUAUGAAUGGUUUGAUAGUGAAAUUUCUUCAACACCAGUUCAAUUCAGAAUGGAGUCACCCAUUACUGACAGUGUUUGAUAGCUUUUCAUUCAGAAGACCUGUUUAUUCAACCAUGAGAAACUCUCUGUUUAGUAUGAUACCAUACAAUGUAGAUAACGAUAACUGGUUGUUCUACUUUAUUAAACAAAUGGAGUAUGUUAUCAACAACUACAGUCGUUUGGAUGAGCAUACAGAUAUUAAAAUGUUCUUUAAUGAAUUGAAACCAUCAACCUAUGACUUUGAUGAAUACAGAAACAGACUUGCAAUGAUUUUAAGAAAAGUAAAAGAUAAUCAACAAUUUUCAAAAGGUGGGGAACUCAACUUAGGUGGUAAUAAUAGCAAUAAAUAUUUCGAUUGUUAUACUAAUAUCGACAUUUAUGGUCACUCUAAUAUAGAUAUAGAGAUAACAACUACAACAUCUACAACUAGAAGAACUUCAAUUAGACCGAGACCAUCACCGUACAUUUGUGAAAGAGAAGAAGCAAACAUUAAGAAAAAGAGUAAAGUUAAAGUAGUUGAAAAACGCAAAACCGAACAGUUUGAUGAAGAGGAAGAAGAGGAAUCAGUAAGAAAUCAAACCAAAAGAAAGAGAAACAAAAAUUGGCCACUUGAAAGUGUUUGA